AUGGCCUUUAUAGGCGUCAGCGUUCAAGGAUCGGCCUCAAUAGGCAACAAACACAAAACAAUCUCAGGUUCAGUUCCAAACUUUGACUUCAAGAACUAUGGGUAUCCCGGUGAUGACAUACCACGUGAUCUCAGUCAGUUUAAACCAGUUCUGUUGCACGAAGAAAGCGUCCUCCAUGUCUUAAACCACAAACAACAGUUCAAGCUCCUCAACAAAGGCUUCACGGCAAAGCUGUACGAAGGUCGGAUGCGCUUCACAGGACAGAAAGUCGCAGUGAAGAAACUCACGGACGGAGAUUAUGACGAGGUUCUGUCUGAAGCUACCUUGACGGCCUAUCUUCAGGGCAACUCUCAUAUCCCUAACGUCCAAGGUAUCCUUCCUCAUGGCGUGUCACUGGAUGACCUCGCUCUCGUGAUCGACUUUCUGGACAAUUCGACCACACUUGGGCAACUUGUGGACGACGAGGACCCGCUGAGCGAGUGCGAUUGGUUGAACAUAGCUCAACAAGCUGUCUCGACACUGGAUUACAUCCACAGUAAAUACGUCCUGUUCAACGAUUUGCAUGAGGACAACCUGCUAAUCACAUGGCGUGGCUCCUCUCCUCAUCUGUACAUCAUAGACUUUGGCCUCGCUACCUUCAGGAAAGGAGCCUGUUUUUCUCAUGUACCGAAAGAAAAACGACACACGGGCGACUUCCUGGCGCCGGAAGUGUUUCACGAGUUAUCUACCCCUGCAAGCGAUGUGUACUCUUUAGGGGACAUGUUGUUGAUGAUGUCGAAAUUCAUCGAAUCUCUCAAAUUUUAUAAAAUUGCCAGAAAAUGCAACGAGAGACUGUCGAAAGAUAGACCUACUUUAAAACAGGCCAAAGCCGGGAUUUUAAAGAUUUACAGAGACACGUGCUAUGAAUAUAUGCAGUCUGUUAAGAACAAUAUGGAUUGGGUACAGGAACCCGCAGUGGAUGGGGAUACUCCCACCGAUUUAUUCAGCGGAAGAUCACCUAGUGUUGCUGGUGGUGACGCGACCCAACCCAAUGUGCUGUCAUCGAAAUUGCCAAUAAUUACUUCGGAGUUUUUAAAGGCGAGGACAUACGUACAAAAUUGGAAAUCUUUUCGAAAGGAUACCACAUACUCCUUAGCCUAUUACUCGGGAACUAACGCGACAGUUGUUGUCAAAUGCGAUGACAACGCCGUCUUUGAGGACAUACGUCACGAGGCAUACGUCAGCUACGUCAUGAGUUCCUCAGGCUACGUCCCGACAUUCUUAGGUUUGACUUCGUCAGAGAACCUUCUGGAGGAUCUGUGUAUCGUCCAGGAAUCCAUGACAAAUACGACCGUGUUAGCAGACGUUCUGAAAACAAUUACACAUUCCCGAAAAUAUGUAAAAGUUGCACUAGCACUUGAAUUAUCAAAAGCAUUGCUUCUGUUUCACCAACAUGGUCUUAUCCUUAAUUGUAUGGAUCCACAAAACAUAUUGUUUGAAAUAAAAGACGAUUACCCUGUUAUCAAGUUCAAGGACAUUGGGAAAGGUAUUGGAACUGGCCACGUGCUUCACGCUAGUCACGUGACACAUGGUGACUCACCGGAAAUGCCCCAGAAGCUGGCGGUGACCUCCUCGUCUGACGUGUACAGCUUGGGGGGGAUAUUGCAGUCGGUGUUCGAUGGUUGUUCCGACCACGCCGUUGCCAGCGUUAUCACCAACUGCCUCAGUGCAAGUCCCUUGGACCGUCCAUCAGCCGAGGAAAUACACGCCUUCUUUGAAAGAAUGCAUUCCAAUGGCCAAACCUGGGUGGACACGUAAAGCAGCAAAGAAACUAUAAAACGUCAAUCCAAGAGAACUAAAUAUUCAGUCUUGGUUAUCACAUAGUUGUGAAAAUUAUACUCUGCAAAGACAAGUGACGCAAAAGUGGUAAAAUCGUAAAUAUCUGAUUGACUGCUGCCGACAUCCAUACAAAAUUAAUACCAAAAGUUAUUGGUCAUUUCUGCAUUGAUUGGAAUUGAUUUGUGUGGAAAGAAUGAGGUACUGGUGAAUUUGGUGAAACGAUGGAACAAUCUCAAAAGCAGAACCAGGUGAGAGCCUGGCGCCGAAACACACCAACAUGACAGUUUUCAUUUGCAUACCAUAACAAUUAACAAUCUUACAGCAAGUGAGUGUCGAAAACAUGCCACAACUGACAGAAGGGGCGGUCGGGUAGCCUAGUGGUUAAAGCGUUCGCUCGUCACGCCGAAGACCCGGGUUCGAAUCCCGACGGGUACAAUGUGUGAAGCCCAUUUCUGGUAUCCCCGCCGUGAUAUUUCUGGAAUAUAGAUAAAAGCGGCGUAAAACCAUACUCACUCACUCACUCACUGACAGAAGCAAAACGCAACAACGCCAUCGACCGACUGCAAACAGGAGAAUUAUCUUCAGCUGCAGCCUGGUGUUUCCAUGUAGCACCAAGCACCAUUACAAGACUAUGAAACCGUUAUCAGAUGUUCCCAGAUCCGGUCGACCACGUAUCACUACUAGAUAAAAGGACAGAUUCAUACGGCUACGUCCUUUACGUGAAAGAACCACAACCUCGACAAUACCAGGAUUGGGUAGGAUAUCGGCCCAGACAGUGAGCAAUUGUUUAGGCACUGAAGGUAUUCGCGCUAGCUAUAGAAGAUCAGUUCGAGGUGUCAUUUUGACGUACCUGCAUCGUCGGCUGCGACGUCAAUGGUGUCAAGGUCACAGAGUAUGGUCACAACUGCAAUGGUGACAAAUUGGUUCAGUGACGAGUUACGCUUCAUGUUUCGCCGUACGGAUGGUGGACGUCGUGUUUACAGGCGUCGCGGGGAACGUUAUGCACGUAACUUCAUACAGACUAUAUACAGUUUGGUGGUGGUAGUGUGAUGACGUUGGCAGCCAUUUCUUGUAGAACACACUUGGUGCAAGUUCUGGGGAAUUUAACGGCACAACGUUAAAUGGAUGUGAUUCUUCGGCCGCCACAUGUCCUUCCCAUUAUGCAACAAGCAAACGUCAUUGUCCAAGACAACGUCCGACCUCACACGGUAAGACUGACAACAGCCUUUUUCAGGAAUCGCGACAACCAGGUCCUGCAAUGUCCCCCCAGGUAUUCAGAUUUAAACCCAAUCGAACAUCAUCGAUUAAGGUGGCUUCGCUGUGCAGAGUUGCGUCCCUUGGACACGCCAGAAACCUAUGAUCGUGGGUUCGAAUCCCGGUUCG